AUGCUGUGUAGUACUGGAUGGCAAUUGGACCCCGCCGACCCUGGUACAUACGUACAGUACUUUAGGUAUCUUAACGUGCCGGGGGCAGGCCUAGAGCUGCCGAGCAGCCCAUCCGCCAGGUACCUAGAUACCUGGGUAGCUGGGGCUCUAAUUGGACAAUCCCCGGGGCAGGAAUUUUCCACCGCAGCUCAGGCUCCCCACGCGCAUUGGAACUCCAGACGAGAGAUCGCGUCACUUCACAGCCUCCUGUCAAACCAGUCUACCGUGAAUCUUUCCUCCCCGCCGAGCACCUCCCGCCCCGGCCUACACUACACGACAUCGACGCUUCCGCUCGUCUUUCCCCGCGCGCCAAUGUCGCCCGCGGCUUUGGGCAUGUCCACCGCCGUGCGCCGACCCGCGCUCGCCCCCAGACAGGGUCCUGUCUGCCUCAUCUGCGACGCCCUAACGGUGCGACGCCCGAACAGAGCCAAGGCUGCAUUCACCACGCGGAGCGUUUCCAGACCUCGGCCUUUACUGCUUCGAGCCGCGCGAGGCACCAGUCUCGGCGUGCCCACGACCACAGAGAAGCAGCGAUGGCUGGCAUCUGCCACAAGCGGCCGCUCACGCCAAAGCUCCGCAGCCGUACAGCAAACGGUCGAGGAGACGCAGAGCAGGCGAUCGUCGACCCCCACCGUUGGGGGCCAGGAGCUCAUGUCCCUUACGAACAUGCUGGCCUACGUUGAAAACAGCAAGUCCAAGGUUACGAACCACAGAGGCAUUCCGUCCGAGAAGGACGUGGCUGCCGCUCUGCAAGCUUGCAAGGUGGUCGCCGACUACAUCACAGACGAGUCGUUACGGCCUCAGAUCAGUCACAUGGUGAACGAGUUGGAUUCGACUGCCUCGAAUCUGCUGUCGCUGGACGCCAGCAGUCGCAAAGCCUCCCGAUCGGCAUCGCAAGCGCCCGUUGCCACUGCUGGAGGCGUGGGCAUCACCGCCCAGCUCAAGCAGCUGAUCGACAAAAUCUCACAGGCGGCUUACGAAACGGUCGCCCACCCAACCGUCUUUAUCACGCCAAGCCUCCUCCAGCAGUACGUCCAUGCUCAAGCCAGUUUGAAUAGGCCCGAGACGCUACCACGAGUGUUCCAAAUGUACGCUUCAAAACCCAUGGCUCGCGAAGAGUCAGGGUCAAUCCAGUAUACGAAACCAAACCCCAACAAGGCCGCACACGCUAUAGAUCCAAAAGUAGCUGAGACGGCCCUCGAUUCUGCGAUCGAGGCCAAGAAUCUGGAUGCGGCAGUUGGUAUCAUCGAAAAUAGCUACACGACCCCGGCCUUCAUCCGAUCCAAGCUGCUGCGCAAAGGUCUAGCACCCGGCAUCACCUUUGCCGCGACCCCGGUGGCAGCCUACGCACUGGCGAGGAGCUUCUCGGUCUUCCAGGAUGCCAUGGACACCGCUACUGCAACCAACGUGGCUUUUGCCGGCAUAUUAGCCUACGUGGGCUUCACAGCUUCCAUAGGCAUCGUAUCAGCGACGACGGCCAAUGACCAGAUGAAGCGGGUCACGUGGGCCCCUGGCGUAGCUCUCCGGAUGCGCUGGAUCCGGGAAGAAGAGAGGGCCGCGUUGGACAGGGUAGCCUGCGCAUGGGGCUUCAGUGAGAAAUGGCGCCAAGGCGAAGAAGAAGGGCCCGAGUGGGACUCUCUCCGCGAGUACAUUGGGCAGAAAGGGAUGGUGCUAGACCGGACCGAGCUAAUGGAGGGCAUGGAGUAG